AUGAACCUCACUCGGCACCCGCCGCCCUACGAGCCUGACGGCUCCCCGACCACCGCUGCCAAUGCCAACGAGGUUCCCCCGGCCCGUUCGCCGUCACAAAACACCCUCAGGCCGUCGCCGAGCCCGUCAAAGACCAAGGAGGUGUACGACAUCCUCCCGUCAUUCCAAAUGUACCAGGCCAUUCUCAAGCGCAACGAGCACCAGUUCACCGAGAACUUAGUGGAAAAGCCCCCCCAGUACGAGACCGAGGGCACUGACGCGGCUACCAGUGCCUACACGCCUCCACACGAGGCCACCAACCCCUUGGACGAGUACGCCGCCUUUGACCACCAGGAGACCCAGGAGGACAUCGAGCUCCACAACGACAACGUGGCGGUGCUCCACGAGGCCUACGGCAGCUCCAUCGUCGACAACAUCGACCGGGUGCCCAAGGAACUGUCGCUGCCGUUCGACAUCCAGAUUUUCGUCACCAAGGAUAUCCCCGAGCCCUACACCGACAACGAGUUGGAAACCCGCCUCAAACACUACACCCUGGGCGACCUCGUCAACGGCUACCUUGUGGUGACCAACACCACCGCCAUCCCCCAGACGUUUGGCCUCUUCACGGUGCUGUUGGAAGGGCUGAUCAAAAUCACCGAGCCGGCGCCGGCGGGGGAACCGGCCAAGUACCAUAAGAUUCUCAUGAAGAAGUUCUUGCGGAUGUACGACCUCCACGCCCUGUACGGGUACAUCCAGGUGCCCAAUCUGGCGGGGAUCGAGUACCCGCCCCACACCCGCGACACCCACGACGGCACCAUCAUCGCCCUCCCUGAGACCCGCGUGCUUCAACCACAUACCAAGUACAAGAAGUUCUUCACCUUCCGCUUCCCCAGCCGCCUCUUGGACAACGUGUGCCCCACCCAGCUCGAGCCCCACAUCGCGGCCCCGCCGCUGUUUGGCGUCGACCACACGGGGUUUAACAAUAAAGCCGGCGGCAUCAAAGUGAACAAAGUGUUGGGCUACGGCCACUUGGACGUGCGGGGGACGCCGUUGCUCACUAAGGACUUUGGCUGGGACAACGUCAGUAUCUCGUAUACGAUCGAGGCGAAGUUUAUCGACCGCAAACACGCGGCGCUGGUCCCGUUUCUGCAACACGACAUCGACGACCCCGAGCAGUACGUGAUUCUGAAGCAAGCACAGUACUUUCUUCGCUUUGUCCCCACCGCGCCGGAACCACUGCCGGCAUUACCGACAUCGGAAGCGAUCGCGGCGCAAUUUGCCGCCAUCGAGCACGAUAUCAAUCGGCAACUCGCCCACAUCAGCGGCGAGGUUAAAGAUAAGCACUUAUUUGAGGGUGCCGACGCGCUGGCGACAUCUAAACUACCGUCGAAGCCGCGUCCAGUGGUGGUGCUGGCUCCCGUCACUGUCUUGAGUAAGCGUGGUCUCCUCAAACUGGUGGCGAAAGUGGGCACUUGUCAAGCGGCAGUGACGCAAGUGCCGGCGAUGCUCAGCUACAGUCUGCCGACGUUGCUCAUGCGCUACAACCACGAUACCGUGGCGCCGCUGGCGCUUGCGCUUGAACUUACAUUUACUGGCGUCGAGGGGAGGAAACCGCCGGCGGUGGCGUCGGUGGAGGUGAACAUGGUGGUGUGGUCGUACUGCCUGGACUUCCCGGUGCCGUUUGCGAUAUCGGGCGACUUCUUUGCCGAUAGCGAUCAGGGGCUCGCCCACCUCCAGAAACGGGCCCAGGCGUACCAAGGGUUUAUCGACGCCAACCCGGGGCUCAAAGUGUCGCGGGCGACACGCGGGUUCCUCAAGCUGGCGCGGACGUUGCGAGCCAAGCGUGACGUCAUUGGUGGCUACUUCCAGCCGUGGACGCCGCUGGCCCCGGACAAGUGGGCCAGCGACGGAGGCCACGCGCGCUUCCGGGCGACGGUGCCGUUGGUGGUGAUCAAUAAGGCCAACGUCAACGUCAUCCCCUCGUUCCAAACGUGUUUGGUCGGGCGCAGCUACUGUCUCCAAGUGGUGGUGCGGCUUAAAGGUGAUGGCGACGCCAUGGUGUGCGAAGUGCCCGUCACCGUCGGCUACUCCCCCCAGCCCGCCUAA